ACUACGCCUUCACUGGGGCCCGAGGAGAUGCUAAGCAGCAGAGACUGUCUCCCUGCCACCCCGGGGCUGAGCCACCCACCUCUGCCACUGCCCCCAGGGUAUCCCCAGGCACCUGGUUACCCUGCCUUCAUGCCUGAGCAGCUGCCACCCAGCACGCUCCAGUACCAAGAGCUGAUGCCACCAGGGAGCUGCCUGCCUGAGGAGACCAAGCCCAAGAGGGGACGUCGGUCAUGGCCUAGGAAAAGGACGGCCACACAUACCUGUGACUACGCGGGCUGCGGCAAAACGUACACUAAGAGCUCUCAUCUCAAGGCACAUCUGCGAACCCACACAGGUGAGAAACCUUAUCACUGUGACUGGGAAGGCUGCGGAUGGAAGUUUGCACGAUCCGAUGAACUUACUCGUCACUACAGAAAACACACGGGCCAUCGCCCUUUCCAGUGCCAGCGGUGUGACAGAGCGUUUUCCAGGUCGGACCACCUCGCCUUACACAUGAAGAGGCACUUUUAAUUGGAAGCAGUGGAUCUUUCCCGAACUGCCACAGAGAUUCAGUAUUUACAGCACAAGGGCCGUCUUCCACAAGACAGGGAGAACACAGUUUAAGCACUACAGAGAAUCAAGGUGAAGUCUUCCAAAGAGUGGAAAAGAGGGAUAACUGCAUACAGACUUUGCAACUUUUUUUGUAUACAUACAUUUAAAAGAAAAGAGAACCAAAACUUCGGGGUUAAUGACUGGAUCUUCUAUCAUUCCAUUUGUAAAUCCAACUUGAAUUAUUUCUGGACUACAAAAUGCCAAGGAGUGACUGGAAGUCACGGAUAUCAGGGUUAAACAGACUGUGUGUAGUUCGGAGGGUGGGGAUAUUACACAGGGAAAUUACAUUCCCUUAAUUUUCUUUCAAUGCAAUAUUAGAUGUAAAUGUCAUCUUGUACUUUCUUUCUUUUUCCUUCUAAAAGCCAUUAUGAUGUUAAAAGAGG